AUGACAUCUGCAGGGGUUCCGUGGCAGGAACUAGCCCGUCAAGUCCAGAAGCGUCGCGACAGCUCGAUUGCUGAACUGAAGCUGAACUUGCCAGUCCCCUCGGCAGCAUCCCCCAGGGUGAUUCCUCUUGCAAGGCAGCUUCUCUCUGGUGCCGAAGUGGCGAUCACCGAAUCAUCCGCCUCAUUCCUGUUGUCCUCGCUGGCGCAGGGGAGACUGACUGCCACCGAGGUCACCAGCGCUUUUCUCAAAAGGGCGGCGAUAGCGCAAAGUCUGGUGAACUGUGUCCAUGAGCUCUUGCCGGCACGAGCCCUUGCACGAGCCGAAGAGCUAGACGACUUCUUUGCGCUGAAUGGGAAAACAGUCGGUCCACUACACGGCCUUCCCAUCAGUAUCAAGGCGCAUAUGGGUGUGAAAGGCUCCGAUUCUAGUGCUGGAUUUGUCGCAUGGGCCGGACGCACCUUCUUAGACGAUGCAGAACUGCUCAAGAUUCUACUAGCUGCGGGUGCGAUCGCAUACGUACGCACGACCGAGCCCCAGGCCCUGAUGAUGUUAGAGACGAGCAGCAAUAUCACCGGGGUUACCCUCAAUCCUCACAAUACCGCUCUCACGCCAGGUGGCUCUUCGGGAGGAGAGGCGGCCCUUCAGGCAUUAUACGGCAGUCCUCUGGGGGUAGGAACCGACAUGGGGGGUAGUAUACGCUCUCCGGCCGCCAACUGUGGGAUCUACGGCUUCAAGCCUACCACAUUUCGCCUUCCACUUAGAGGUUUUGCCGCCUACAAUAUUGGAGUCGAAACGAUAUGGGGUACGCCCGGUCCGUUGAGUCCGACUCUGGAUGGGAUCGAGCUUUUCAUGGAAACGGUUCUAGCUGCGGAGCCAUGGCGGUCUGACCCCAGCCUGCAUCACAUUCCCUGGCGCGCGGCGCCAGCGUCGAUAGAUGCCAACAGAGGAGGGAGGCUGAGAGUGGGUAUUCUCUGGGAUGACAACAUUGUGACACCACUUCCUCCCGUGACAAGGGCGCUGAAGGAAGUUGUAGAGAGACUGAAUUUGGUUCCUGGUGUGGACGUUGUCGAGUGGAAACCUUACAGACAUGAAGAGGGAAUGGAGAUUCUGAAAGGGCUUUAUUCCCCCGAUAAGGGCAAGGCCCUUGCAUCGCUGUUGGCCACCUCCGGAGAGCCCAUGCAUUCUCUUACAGCCUGGACAACCAGGGACACCCCAGGGAUCAAGGAACUGGACCUCCCCGGCCUGUGGAACUUGCUGAGAGAUCGGGAGGCCUAUCGCUAUGACUAUCUUCAGGAAUGGAAUCGCUUGGCGCCGGAUAUGGACGUGAUCCUAUGCCCGUGCCAUCCAAGUCCCGCCCCUCUGUUAGAUACGUCUCGGUACUGGGGGUACACCUCGAUCUGGAAUCUUCUCGACUAUCCCGCUAUCGUGUUCCCCGUCACUCGGGUUGACCCCGAACGGGACGUCAGCCCCAAGGACUACACUCCCAGGAACGACAUGGAUCGUUGGUACCAGGAGCAUUAUCAUCCAGGGAAGCAGCAGGGAGCACCCAUCAAUCUGCAGCUGGUGGCUAAGAAAAUGGAAGAUGAAAAGGUGGUCCAGGCCCUUCGAUACAUCAAGGAAGCCAUUGGAUUGCCCUUUGUCAACUGCCUGAAUGAGUGA